GUUAGCUUUACUGAUGUUUGGAAGUUUUUAAAGGCGGCCGCGUUGUCUCGCAGGUAAAUAUUUCAGUGGUUUCGAUAAUAAUGUCUUCAGUUCGACAUUUAGGAGAGUUUACAAACGAGACACAAACUGCUGCUGCUGAAGAAAAAAUCACGGAGUUUGAAAAAACCAUCGUUCAGUACGAGGAAGAGAUCGAUCGUCAGCGCAGACUGCUGGAUAACAUCUGGAAACCACGGAUAACGUUACACACCACAGACCAUCCACAGCACCAUAUCUGUAAAGAGGAGGAGGUUCUCGCUGACCAGCAACUCUGUAACCAGGAAAGGAACUACAGUCUGGGCCCCAUGGAUCCAGAGUCUCCACAGAUUAAAGAAGAACAGGAGGAACUCUGCAUCAGUUUUAACCAAGAAGACCCAGAGCAUUCACAGAUUAAAGAGGAACAAGAGGAACUCUGCCCCAGUCUAGAGCAGGAAGACAAGGAGCCUCUGUGGAUUAAAGAGGAACAGGAGGAAUUUUGCACCAGUCUGCAGCCGGAAAACCAAGAGCCUCCAUGGAUUAAAGAAGAACAGGAGGAAAGCUGGACCAGUCCAGAGCCGGAGGACCUACAACAUCAGAUUAAAGAGGAACAGGAGGAAUUCUGUACCGGUCAGGAGGGAGAGCUGCUUGUAGUGAAGCUGGAGGCUGAUACCUUCAUGGUGGCUCCUAAUGAGGAGAGUGAUCUCAGUGAACCAGAACCAAACAGUGACCAGCUCCCUUCUUACAUCUAUCCUGUAGGGGAGAGCCCAGAUGAAGAAGGAAGCAAGCAUGUAGACAAUUUUCCCAUGCCAGAGAGUCGCUGUGAUACUGUUACAGGUGAAAAGAAAGUAAAAUGUGAUAUUUGUGGAAAAGGGUUUAAGGAUAGUUAUCAAAUGAAGAAUCAUCACAGAGUUCAUACAGGUGAAAAACCCUACGCUUGUGAAAUAUGUGGUAAGAAUUUCGGUCGGAGUCGAAGUUUGUUGCACCACAUGAGGACUCAUUCAGGUGAGAAGCGGUAUUCUUGUGAAACUUGUGGGAAAAGUUUCCGCCUAAGUUCUAAUUUGCUGUGCCACAGGAGAACUCACACAGGCGAGAAGCGGUAUUCCUGUGAAACAUGCGGGAAAAGUUUCCGUCAACGAGGUCAUUUGCUGUGUCACAUGAGAACUCACACGGGUGAGAAGCGGUAUUCGUGCACUGCUUGUGGGAAAGGUUUCAGUCAGAGUGGUAAUUUGUUGCUCCACAUGAGAACCCACACGGGGGAGAAGCCGUAUUCUUGUGAAACAUGUGGGAGAAGUUUCAGUCGAAGCGAUAAUUUGACGGUCCACAUGAGAACUCACACAGGUGAGAAGCCUUACCUCUGUCACACCUGCGGGGACCGAUUUACUCACACAUCAAUACUGAAAAGUCACAUGAGAAAGCACACUGGUGAGAAACCUUAACUCCAUAACACCUGUGGCGGGGAGAGAUUUGCUAUCAGACCUUAAAAAACUUGCAGCAGUCCACGCAGGUGACAAGCCGUAUUGCAAAACAUCUAAGAGAUGUUUCAGUCGAACUGAUAAUUUGGCUGUCCAGAUGAGAACUUGCGUGGCUGAGAAGCUGUAGUGCUGACACAUGCUUGGGGGAAAAUAGAACAACAUUCUCUCCAUCUUUGUUGGUAAAAUAAAUAACGUAUGAGCCAAUAUGACAAGAAUGUUUGUUUGAAUUCAGAAAUAUCUGUUCUUAGGUUUUUGUACUUUUGGUCAUUUCAUUUUGUGUAUCAACUUUACAAUAUUACACAGGUAUAUAUGAGACUGUAAUUCAUUUAGACUCAGUUGAGAGCUGUAAUUUCUGAUGUACAUAUACAUUAAGCUAUCUGUAUGUAAAAAUAAAAGAUCUCCUCUUUGACUAACUGCUAAAAAAAAAAAAUGCUGUUUCUAGUUAAAGCGAGAAUCAAAAGUUAACUCACUGUCUCUGCUGGUGUCAUGUUGUUCCCCCUCUGUGUCCACUAGCCCUGCCCCACUGAUAACAGUGAACUGGAUGUGAGUUCAGAGCAAAGCCUGCCCCCGAGGUGUUGUGCUCGUGCCUCUGCAGUUGUAAGGACAGCUUUGAAGUUCAAACGUACUUUCGUUUGUGACUGUUUCUGUGGAAAGUUCUAUUGUGUAAGUGAAAGGAGAUUUUGUUGUUUUUAAUAUUUUAAGAAUAACAGGGAAUGAACUAAACAUGUGUUGUUGCAAUGUUUUGCGUUGUUGUUACCACAAUAAAUUGCUAUUUUCAUCAGUAAGUCUUUCACGCCGCAAUAUCGUCUCUGGUGCUUUCUAAGGAAAUGUAAUGUAUUAUAAUGUCAUUGUAGAAAUAAAAGUUUGAUGCUUCGA